CAUGCGCAGUCCCCGCUGAGUAACAGCAGUAAAGUAAUGAUGGCGUCCACAGCGGCUCGCUGCUCCACACGUUGGAUAACAGUUGCUGUGUCCUCUGGUCACCGUCGUGCUUGUUGUGCUCUGACCCCUUCUUCCAAUGGAGGCUCAAGAAGUCUGUCGACUUUUGGAACACAGAAAUUCUGGCCGGGAAGCAAUGCAAUGCGUGGGGGCACGGGGAAUGCGUUGACAUUGAGAGGGCUGUCAGUUCCAGGUCUUAAAUCUCCCCAUGUCAUCUGCACACUGUCCUUCCACACAAGUGCCCCAGCCUCCAACAAACAGGACUUCUACACAGUGUUGGAGGUACCACGCACUGCCACCCAGAAAGAGAUCAAGAAAGCGUAUUAUCAGAUGGCUAAGAAGUAUCACCCUGACACCAACAAGGAAGACCCUAAGGCCAAGGAGAAAUUUGCUCAGCUGGCUGAAGCUUAUGAGGUGCUGAGUGACGAGGUGAAGAGGAAGCAGUAUGACACGUACGGGGGGGCAGGGUUCGACGCCAGCCAGGCGGGCGGUGGUGGACACCAGCAGUACUGGAGCGGACAGGCCAACAGCGUGGACCCAGAGGAACUGUUCCGCAAGAUCUUUGGGGAGUUCUCUGGAAGCCGUGGCUUCGGGGACUUCAAUGCCGUAUUUGAUCAGCCCCAGGAGUUUAUCAUGGAGCUGACGUUCACCCAAGCUGCCAAGGGGGUCAACAAAGAGAUGGCGUUCAACACUGAGGCCAGCUGCCAGCGAUGUGAUGGCAAAGGGAGCGAGCCUGGCACCAAGGUUGUGCACUGCCACUACUGCAACGGCUCUGGCAUGGAGACGGUGAACACGGGCCCCUUUGUGAUGCGGUCGACAUGCCGUCGGUGUAAUGGGAAAGGCACUGUGAUCUCCACCCCAUGUAACUCCUGUCACGGGACCGGACAGACCAGACAGAAAAAGACAGUAAUGGUCCCUGUCCCAGCAGGUGUUGAGGACGGUCAGACGGUCAGGAUGCCUGUGGGGAAGAAGGAGGUGUUCAUCACGUUUCGGGUCCAGAAGAGCCCAGUGUUCAGACGGGACGGCGCAGACAUCCACUCUGACGUGCUGAUCUCUGUGGCUCAGGCUGUACUGGGGGGCACGGCCCGGGCACAGGGCCUCUACGAGACAGUCAACCUCUCGAUCCCUGCUGGGAUCCAAACAGACCAGAGGAUCCUCCUCUCUGGGAAGGGCAUCGCACGGAUCAGUGGCUAUGGUUACGGAGAUCACUACGUCCACGUCAAAGUCCGAGUCCCCAAGAUCCUGACAGACAGACAAAAAGCUCUGCUCAUGAGCUACGCAGAGGAUGAGACUGAAGUGGAGGGGACAGUCAAUGGUGUCACAAGCACCACUGCAGGUGGGGGCAGCAGUGCUAAGCAGUCUGAGGCAGGGCAGGACAGGCAAGAGGUAGGAGAGAGCAAGCAGGAGCAGGGCUUCUUCACCAAGUUAAAACAAUUGUUUAGCUCCACCUGACAGUCACAAACCAGGUAAAAGGUCCACUGGGAACUGAGGCGAGUGUCCGAGGGUAGAGAGAUGAUGCCCUAAGAAGACAGCCACAAGGAGAGACCAGAUAUGGGGACAGGUGGUGGGAGAGUGUUGGAGGGAUGAUGUCUACUGUAUCCUACUCUGGCACUGGACAAGACUGGUUACCCCAGAUCUACCUUCACAGAUCUCCUUUCAUCCUUGAUCAGUUCCAUAGCAGUGGAAGACAAUGGACUGAAACAGACUCAAACAGAAUGUGGUCCUAACUCAUACCUGCUGCCUAAAACCCAAAUCCAAGAGGAAAUAUGCUCUGGAAGUACCAGGAAGUGACUGCCCCUUAGGCUUGUCGUUUUUUGGAUGGUGUUAAAUGUGCAAAAAUGUUGCGCAAUGUUCUUCAAGCAUAUCGUAAAAGGCAUUGGGCAGAAGUAAAUUCAUCCACAAAUAUAAUUCUCCAUCUUAAAUGACCACAUGUUGAAAAGAUUGGGGUACGUGAUCCGUAUGUAAAGCGAACGGGGCGGCAACUUUAACAGGGUAUUCCAUAGAUUUUCCUAAUGUUCCUGUCCAUCAGAUUCCUAACCGUGUGAUAGCAGCGCAGUCAGUCACUCAUAAAGUAUGGUCUG